GCACUUUGGAAUUAAUGUUGCUUUCAUUUUCCAGUGGGUGGCAGUUGAAGCAAAGAGAAAUGUUUAUUUGCUUGGAAGUUUAUAUAGAUAUGUAUUUAAGGAAUGGGAAGAGAAGCCAAAACAGGCCAGCCUUUUAUUGUCUCUCAUUAUGCUGAGUUUUUUUCUUAUUGUGUGUACUAUCUGGAGAAAAGUACAAAUCAAAAGACCUCUUGUGACCAAAAUCCGCUUUUAGUUUCAAUCUCCUGUACUUUUUGUGUGUUGUUCUGUUCCUUGUUUCCUUAUUCUCUUACUGGUUAAUAACUGUGACCCCAAUCUUUCUGUCACUAGAGCUUUGCAUUGUGUAAGCCUAAUUUCAAAACCUUGAAGCAGGGACCUGCUAAUUUCUUGCAGCAAUAUGUGCAUUUAGUGCAUAUAUUUGCACAUUUGUGCAUUUAGUGAAUAUAUAAUUAUAAAUAAAACAUAAAUGAAGUACAUAUUUAUGGGAAUACAGAUACAUCUUUUUAUGUAUAAAUGACUGCAUUUCUAAAUAGGCUAAAUCUAUUUUUUUAAAUUGUAAGAUGUAUGUGUAUCAGUGCUGAAACCAAAAGUCAGGUUGAGAAUUCUUCCUGGAUCUUGCAGCAUAAUUUGACAUACUUUAAGAACAACAAAAUAUUACUGUUGUGUUGUUUGUUUUUUUCUUUCUAAGCUGCUGAAACACUGACAGGGCUUUUCCUGCAUUUCCCAGUGCUUUACAUUGUGGGUAAAUGCUUAAUGCUGCAUAAAAAGCUGGAGAAGACUUUAAUGAUUUUUUUUUUUUUUCAUAGGGAUGAACUAGCAGUUCAUCUUCUAGAAUAUGUGAUUAUAAUUAGAAUAUGUGAUUAUAUGCCAAUUAAUCCCCACUGCUUUCUGAAGAAAAUCAGGUCUUAUGUAGGUAUUUAAUGUAGCUAGGCCAAAAUAUAUUUAGUUAAAUUGGAUAACAUUAUAAUAAAUGCAUUUCAGCAGCUUUGCCAUGUUCAAAUUGAGUCAACUUAUCAUAGCUAAGCCUGUCAGUUCUUACACUGAUGCAGUUAAAUACAAGCGUUUAUGCAAAUGCAAUCGUUCUAAACGCUUUUAAACUGAUUUGUCACUUGUAUGGAUACAAGUUCUGGUGCUGCUUUCAGAGCAAAGUUCAACUUGAUUGAUAGGUGAAAGUUGUAAAAUUAUUUAGGACUCUACAGGGAAAAAUACCCAGGAAGAAACCUGUCUGUCCCUUCUGUCCGUAUGAAAUAGAUGAUGAGAAAUUAAUUAUCAGAGCAGCAAGGAGCUGAGCUUCAUCUGGUGGAUAACAAAACUGAUUUUACUUAUCAGCAGUGCUCUUUGGCUGUAAUGACCUAAAAUGGAAAUCUUUUUAUAAUCUAAAAAUACUCUGAAAGCCAUGCCAUAGCAUGCAUUCACUUUUGUCAAAGGGACACAGUCAAAUAGAAAAUGUAUCUUUUUUUUUCUGUUUUUGUUACAAGACUUGAUAAUAACUUCAGCGGUGACUGUGAUAUAAGUCAGUUAGUAGAAAAAAAGAUUAUUUUCCGUUCUUAAAUUUAACUAUCAAUUACUGGAUUGUCGUUUGCUGGAAGAAAAUUGCUGUACACCUCUACAGACAGUAAGGAAGAGGCUCUAAAUUAUUUUAAACCCUUUUGAUACACACACAUAUAGUGACGGUACACUUGAAUUCUUGAGAAUUUUUUGCUUUAUUAAAGACUUAUCCCACUGACAAACAGAUCUUAUUGGGGGGGCUAUGGAAAGAUUUUUGCAUCAUUUCUAUUCUAGAUAAAAAUACUAUCUACUUGUACUAUGGUUUGGGUCUUUUUUUUUUUUACCACUGGGUGCUGCUUUCCAGUGAGUAAGCUGAUCCUAAUACUAAGAAGAUUUUUGAGGGAGUCUCGCAACAGAGGGAUGUUUUCUUUGUUUGCUUUGCACAGACCAUGAGAGUUCCACAGCUCUGUUUUGAAUUAACAGCUCUCCAAGCUCGGCUGUUCACUUAACACUUCUCAGACACUGUGGUGAGACAGUACUACGAGCAUUCAAAUACUUCAAAGGAAAAGACAGCCAUAUCUAGCAUUUUAUCUUCUUAAAAGCACAAAAAAGGAUGCCAGAUUUAUGUAACUGAAAAUGUUUGCUCUUGGCAAGGUGUCCCAGUCAGACCCAGGUGGAAGAAUGUAUCCUUGUUCUGCUGCAUUUAGUUUUGCUUUAGUUACUAAGAGCACCCUGCUGCCUAAUAAGAGUUAAAGGCAACUUAAAACCAUGCCCAUUUGUGUCUCUGUGCUUUUGGUAUUAUUCCUGUGAUUCCUUAGCUCUUACUUGGAGUUCUAGUGGAUGAGGUUGCAGCCAGUAAAUGAAGAAGAGCGUAUUUAUGAUCUUCUGAUCAGGUUCUUACUUUUGGAAGUACACAUAAUACCUCUACUGAAUUGCUUACUCCCAAAGUAACUUAUUAGGAAAUUUGCAAAGCUACAAAAAGUAUAUACUUUGCAGUACAUCAGUUUUUAUACUUCCUGAGUCUUUUAAAGCCUCUGUAUAAAUACCACAGCAAGGCUCUAUCUACCAUCUGUGCUCAAUGCAUGAAGCAAUGGAGGGAAGCAGGGGAAAAUGAUUGGAGCUGGAUGUGAGACUGUGAAGAGAUGUGACAGCAAGGGUACUUGUGUACUGGGUAGCAGAAUUGUUCUGUCACUGCUUGACCCCUUAAUGUGUCAUGUAGCUUGGGUAAAUUGCUUGCUUGUUCCUUGCCCAGAAGAACAUGGGUAAUGCAUUAUGUUUUCUUUAGUUGUUUGCUUGUUUUCCCUGUUGCAAUAGCUUGAGCAUGAGUGCCUGGCUGGGGGACUCUGCUGGGGGCUGUCACCUUCCACGCUUCACUGCCAGCCCCAUCUCAUGCAGGGCAAGCGCUGAGCCAUCCGGGUUCCUUCCCUUUGCUCAAAUCUAGCAUUGUAGGACUAACCACACUGAGCUCAGCCGUGUAUGCUGCAAAGCGACACCCACUCCCAGCCUUGGGCGGCCUGAGCCCUUCUCUGCUGGAAACUGGAGAAACUCCCCUGUAAUUGACAGUGUACAAUGCUGCAUCAGGGCUGGAACAAAGAUGAGGUAAAUGUUUCUGCCAAAAUCCUGGGGGAAAGCAAAUAGUCUGGAGACUAUGUGGGUUUUCGUGUGCAUUCUUUAGAGUUUAAAGGUGUAUUAUAAAGUUUCUGAGAUUUUUUUUUUUCCCUUGAAGUUAGAUUUUACAUUAAGAAUUCACAUAUUUUGUCCCCCUGCAGGUUGUUAAUAAGAUGAGGAGAAAAUGAGCGGAGUAACUGAGAGAGGGUUUUGUCAUCUCAGAAAAUAAGCUGGAAAAGCUUUUUUGGGUCAUUUAAUCUUUCCACAGAUUCGAGUUAGACUCUCGCUCAGUAUUGCUUAGAGCCGUGUUCUGAUGCUGAUUAUCUGGGAGCAAUUGCAUAAAACCAGAAUAGCAACUUGGAUCAUCCUCAUGUUUACCUGAGAUUAGGGUUGGCUGAGCUUGCAGAUCUUCCCAAUCACCUAAACAGAAUUUUGCUUUUUGAAUCUUUUGAGUGCUUGAUCUGAUAAACUGCAAGAAGGGGGUAUUCUAGUUACCAGUGAGCAGAACCCUUUCCCUUUGGAGAAGGAACACGGUAAUGGGGAGGGUGGAAGCUACAGACAGCCCCUGUUGCAUGUUUGGUGCAGCCACAAGUUGUAGAUUGAAUUAGAUGUAAGCCUGUCCUCUCAGCCUCUGAGGCUUUACAUGGAGUGCAACAACUUCAGUUCAUUUGUGUGUUGAAGUUGUCUAAGUUCUGAAUUGGCUUUUUGUAGCACAACACUCGUGCUCUGGGCAGGCUCUGUGUCUUCAGAUGCUGCUAACUACUAAAAAAAGAUAUAUUUUUUUUUUUUCUAAGUAAGCUUUGACUUUGAAAUAAUUUUUAAGAUGUUUGGUUGGGUGUUCCAACUGAGCAAAUAAAAAAAUUGCAUUCUUUAUCGGUCAGCAGAAAGUGCCGAACUGGUAGCCGUGAUGUGGCCAGCACGUUACUUAAGGGAUCUCUCAGCAGCAUAAGGGCCUUGCAGCUGCACCCAGGAGAGGUGUCAAGGGGCCCGAGACGGGAUUGCAGAUAAACCUCAUCCUGUUACUUACAGCCAGUGCUAACAGUGCUAGAAUUAACCCAGCAGGGAAAGCAGAGUACUGUUUUACUCCACAGCGCAACCGAAAGCCAGAAACCUCUGUACCUCACUCUGCCUGGAGCCUUUUCCUUUUGCAAAGACAACCACAUUUAUCUGUUGCUGUUAGACUUUGGUUUGCCUCCAUGUACUCAGAUACUGUACAGCCCAGCGUAUCAGGAAGGAAUUAGAUAGUGACUUGAGUUACUUGGGCUCACCAGACUUUGAGCAAUAUUUGAGUAAAAACAGAUUGAAAACAGUUAAACCAGUUUUUCUGUUGCUGUAGAUGUGCUGCAAAAAUCUAAAUACAGACAUAGUUCAGGUGGCAUAGUAACACCAUCACUGAUAUAAAAUUAAGAAAACUCUCACAUUUGCACUUUGUGCUGCAAACUUGAGUUUCAAGAACUAAAUUUCCCUGACUUUAGCCAGACAGCCCAUAUGAUUUAAACGUUAAUGAAGGCAAUAUUUUUUCUCUCUGCUACCAUUGUUUUAACCAGUGCUGUUGGCACCUGUUAAGGGAUGUGUGUGCCCAAAAAAUACCAAAACCCAAACAAACAAACAACAACAAACCUUUGUUGUUGAAGUCUGAAAAUGGCAAAACAUUAUUUUGAUGUUGUUUUAAGCAAGAGAGAAAUUAACUUGAAACCUCAAAUUCUGAACUUUAAAACAAAUUUUCACAUGACAUAUUCUGGUGACAUCAGUCUUAAUAGAACAUAUUUCACAGAAUUGUUUCAAACUCAUCUUUAGCUUUUUCACUUUGUAUUCCUGUGCUCCCCUCGCUUAUCCUAUGCCUUUUAUUUCUGUGCUUUGCUGAAAAGCAGUCUGCAGUUCAGUACUUUUGUCUUUAAAAGACAUUUUAUACAAAGAAGGUCUGCAGUGAAAUCUUUCAAAUCACGGAACUCCAAAAAGCUUUGUGCUCUCUGAAAACAUGUGCAACUUUAGUUUAUUCAGAAAUGAAUGAUAGAACUCCAGAGAAAAAAAUGAGAUGUGGUAACAUGUAUUUUGCACAAAAUUAAGUCUCUUAGUCAUCCUAAAGGAAUGGGGGUGUUUGAGGUUUUUUUCCCAUUUUUUUUUCCUGCUGACCAAAAUCCAUUGUGUAUUGUUAAGUCCUCUGCAGUUUGCAAUCAGAUGUUUCCAGGAUCUGUCACAAUAAUUAGUUUGCUUGCCUGAAGCUCUUCAAAGGAGCAACUUAAAAGAUUUUUCCUUUAAUUGCUGAUACUUUGUAUUAACCCUCCCAAUGGGUGUUUGUUCAGUAGGUGGCCAUACAGGAGGUAGUACAGGGAGCUGACAUUCUGAAGUUGCUUAUAGUUGGCGGUUUUUCCCUUUCAAAAUGCUUUGUGAAGUCAACAGAGCUGUGGAUACUCGGUGUAAAAUUCAAAGCAACUGUGCUGCGAUCAAACAAUUCUGCAAGUGUGUAUGGUUCUUCAUUUAGUCUGUCACAGUUUACACUUGUUUUAUUUAGUGAAAUACUUUAAAAGAACUGAUAGGACGUUAGCGUGAGGUGUAAGGGUAUGCAAAUAAAGUCAUGUAUUCCUAUAAAACCCCACCUUUAGAAAUGUAUUAGGGUAUGAAAGUGUUGGUUCUUUCACAGUAGCUGUUUUGUCCCUCUUAGUUAGAUUUUCCCAUGUUUGAAAGGGUCUUUGUUAAGCUCUUUGGCUCCUCUUGCCAUGGAUAUACAGGGCUGGGGUUUUCCUGUUCAGGGAAAAGUUGGCUAGACUCACCAGCUUUUUCUCAUAAAGUUCAUAGAGCAGAGUGUUGUCUUGGAAAAUGUAACAGAUUGGGUUUUAUUCAGCUGAUAUAUUUUGGACCUUUACCAUGUUCUCAUUUAUCUCUAACUCACAGAAAUACUCUAAAAUGGCAACCAUUUAAUCUUUUUUAGAUUAUAAAGCCUUUGUUAUGGCUCCAGAGUUUGAUGGCUGAAACUUUACUAUACACUUUAAUCUACUUUUUUGUUUUGUUUUGUUUUAGUUUUUUUUUCCCCAGUGCCUGUGGAAACAUUCAAUGUCCUGAUUAUUCUCAGGGGCUAAUAUAACUUUUUAUGGAUUGAAUUGAAAAAGGUCUCUGUUAGAUUAGUGCAAGCAUAGACAUGCUUCAUUUUGCAAAGUUAUAUGUAUUGCUAAAUCCUAACUCUACUCUAUGAAGACACAGCUUUAAUAAUUUAGCGUUCUGCCUCCAAGCUGGCUCUUUCUGUGAAAAAGGAAAAGAUACAUGGUGUUGCUUUGUAUGAAACAAAAGUGUUCCCCUCUUGUCUGCCCUCCAGCUUAUUUUCUGUCAUUCAUAUUCCAGUAAUUGUCCAAGUUUGGGAUAUUUAGGUGUUAUAAAGCUAUAGUAGUUGCAAGAAGCUUGUGCUUCUUUCUCAAGAGACACAUGUACUGUUUCAAAUAAUUGUUCUUGACUUCACUGUGAGUGCUCAUGAGAAUCAUGUGGUGCAGUUUGAUUGCUGCUCCAUUUACAAUGCGCAAAGCUUGUCUCCUGUGGCUCUGCACAGUUUAUCUGGAAAAGCAGGAAAAAGUUUCAAGCUACAUGGCUCAUUUAGAUGGAUUCUGCUCAGUUGUCAGCUAUUAUUUCCUGGUGGGUUCAAGCACUGCACCUGCUCCCUGAAGGACUCAGUCACUGGGACUUAGAUUUGCAGUAGCCUAUGUCUUUAAAGUUGUAGACUGUCUAAAACAAACAAACAAAACAGUCUGGGAAGAUACUACCAAAGAAAAAUCAGAAAAAGAGGUAAACAGUGAGUCAGCAAAAUAUUUCUUUUGUUCUUUGAGUUAACAGGGUUGAUCUUUAUUGAGUUAAAAUUUUGUGGGUAGGCUGUACUAGAAAUGGGUAGGAAGGAAGAUGGUUCUGUUGUGCUUCCUGAGAAAGACAAACAUGCUGACUAGCUAGGUUAGCACAUUGUUCAUCUACUACCUUGUGCAUUCAGGGAAAAAUCCCAAAUACUCUUCCAGUGACGUGACUUUGUCUGUCUUGCCUAAGCAUAGAUGCAGUCUCUAUCCAAGAGUUUUAGAAGAUAGAACGAAAUCCUUGCCAAGUAUGAAAGACAGGUAUCGCAGGUUGUGUAUCAUUGUGAACAAUGGCCCCCUUCUUACGGAUAUCUUUCAACUCAUUUGAGCUGGGGCCUGCGCAGAAUCAAGGAGAACAACCGCAGCCUUUCUGUGCUAUCAAGAUGAAGGAAGCAUUGACUACAGAGAGAGGAAAAACUCUAGUUCAGAGGAAACCUACCAUGUAUCCAGAAUGGAAAUCAACUUUCGACGCCCACAUUUACGAAGGACGAGUGAUUCAGAUUGUUCUCAUGAAAGCAGCAGAAGAGCCAUUAUCUGAAGUGACUGUAGGUGUGUCGGUCCUGGCAGAGCGGUGCAAGAAAGGCAACGGCAAAGCAGAAUUCUGGCUUGACCUACAACCUCAGGGGAAGGUGCUGAUGGCUGUGCAGUAUUUUUUAGAAGAUACAGAUUGCAAACAGUCAUUGAGGGAAGAAGGGGCAACAGUAACUAUGAACAGGAGAGGAGCUAUCAAGCAAGCCAAAAUCCAGUACAUCAAAAAUCAUGAAUUUAUUGCUACCUUCUUUGGACAACCUACUUUUUGCUCUGUCUGCAAGGACUUUGUAUGGGGACUCAACAAGCAGGGAUACAAAUGUAGGCAAUGCAAUGCUGCUAUUCAUAAGAAAUGUAUUGAUAAAAUCAUUGGGAGGUGUACUGGUACCGCAGCCAACAGCAGGGACACAAUGUUUCAAAAGGAACGUUUCAAAAUCGACAUGCCUCAUCGCUUCAAAGUUUACAAUUAUAUGAGCCCGAACUUCUGCGACCACUGCGGCAGCCUGCUCUGGGGGCUGGUCAGACAGGGGCUCAAGUGUGAAGAAUGUGGGAUGAACGUGCAUCAUAAAUGCCAGACGAAGGUGGCAAACUUAUGUGGAAUAAACCAGAAGUUGCUAGCUGAAGCGUUAAAUCAAGUUAGCCAGAAAUCUACUCGCAAGUCUGAUUCUGGAUCUGUAGAAAAUGUUGGUAUUUAUCAAGAUUUUGAUAAGAAACCUAAAGGUCCAGGAGGAGAUACAACAGCAGAUAGCAGCGAGUACGAUAAACUCUGGGAGGGCAGCACAGCCAAGACAGCGCCACGAAUUGCAACCAGGAGAAAAUUCAACAUAGAAAGCUUUGUCUUCCAUAAAGUACUAGGGAAAGGAAGUUUUGGAAAGGUUCUGCUUGCUGAGCUGAAAGGGAAGAACGAAUUCUUUGCUAUCAAAGCUCUGAAGAAAGAUGUGGUGCUAAUUGAUGAUGACGUGGAAUGUACCAUGGUGGAAAAGCGGGUCCUCGCACUUGCAUGGGAAAAUCCAUUUCUCACGCAUCUUUACUGCACGUUUCAGACAAAGCAACAUCUGUUCUUUGUUAUGGAGUUCCUGAACGGGGGAGACCUGAUGUUCCACAUACAAGACAAGGGGCGUUUUGAUCUCUACAGAGCAACGUUUUAUGGAGCUGAAAUUUUAUGUGGGCUACAGUUCCUUCACAGCAAAGGCAUUAUUUAUAGGGACCUAAAACUGGACAAUGUGAUGCUUGAUAAAGAAGGCCACAUCAAAAUAGCUGAUUUUGGAAUGUGCAAAGAAAAUGUUGUUGGUGAGAACAAGGCAAGCACGUUCUGCGGGACCCCGGACUACAUUGCUCCUGAGAUCCUGCAAGGUUCGAGGUACACGUUCUCUGUGGACUGGUGGUCAUUUGGGGUCCUGCUGUACGAGAUGCUUAUUGGACAGUCCCCUUUCCAUGGGGAUGAUGAAGAUGAACUGUUUGAGUCAAUCCGAGUGGACACUCCUCACUACCCACGCUGGAUUACCAAGGAAUCCAAGGAUAUAUUGGAGAAGCUAUUUGAAAGGGAUCCAACCAGACGACUUGGGGUCACUGGGAGUAUCAGAGACCACCCGUUCUUCAAAACCAUCAACUGGACGGCGCUGGAGAGGAGGGAGGUGGACCCUCCGUUCAGGCCAAAAGUGAAGUCAGCAAGCGACUACAACAACUUUGACAGAGAAUUCCUGAGUGAGAAGCCAAAAUUGUCCUACAGCGACAAAAACCUGAUCGAGUCCAUGGAUCAGUCCGCAUUUGCUGGAUUUUCUUUUAUUAACCCUAAAUUUGAACAGAUCUUGGACAAGUAAGUCUCUGAACAGAGUUGGACUUAAAAGCAAGGUUAAAUGUUAAACUGAACUGUUAUGUGUUCCAACGAUGUCAAUACUUCAGAACAGUACACAGUAGAGAUGAAUUAUGUCAAACUUCUGAUUUAUUGGCAAUGUUCUUUUAUGCAUGGUUGGGUUUAAGGUAUGUGAAUCGUGCAUUAUUUUCUCUAUUUGGGAAAAUGUAAAUUCUGUUUGGUACUUGAAUGUAGUUAUGUUAUAUAUAUAUGCUGUAUAUUUUGCUCGAGAGAAGACACUAGGGAACAGAAGAUGUCUUUUAAAAGUGUUUGAGCCCUUGGUUCUUUUAUUUGUCUUCAAUUAAAAGAAAGUUACGUUAAACUUUCA